AUGAAGGAGGAUCAAAAUUUAAAGUGGUUCGACGUUGAAUAUGUACCCGGUGGUUACAUAUUCCCAAAGGAAGACAGACCUCGAAAUCUUGGUAUUCCUGUUUGUGAUUCCAUUCCUGUAAUUGAUCUUCCCAAAGCAACCGCUCCAAAUGAACAUAUGCAGCCUGUUGAAGCAAUCUUGAAUGCUUCUCAAGAAUUCGGUUUCUUUCAGGUGAUCAAUCAUGGAAUUCCGGAAAAGAUUGUGAAUGAUGCAAUGACAGUUCUUAAGGAAUUCUUCAACAUGCCUUCUGAAGAUAAAACUAGAAUCGUCGACCAAUCUAAAAAAGGUUACAUUUACACAAAUAGCACUGAUUUUGCAAAAGAUGGAGUGUAUUUAUGGAGGGAAAACCUUAAGCAACCAUGUCAUCCUUUAAAGGAAUGCAUCCAGCUAUGGCCCGAUAAUCCAACCAGAUAUCAGGAGGUAAUUGCAGGGUAUUUAGUAGAAAUACAAAAAAUGAGUUUGAGGAUUUUAGAGAUGAUUGGUGAAGGACUAGGACUCGAGCCAGGAUACUUCAAGGAUAUGAGUGAAGUUCAGUUAUUGUCAUCAAACUUCUACCCACCUUGCCCAGACCCAAGUCUAACCUUGGGAAUAUUACCACAUCAAGAUCCUAGCCUUAUAACCCUUUUGUAUCAAGGCAAUUCAACCGGGCUGCAGUUUCUAAAGGAUGGUCAAUGGGUCAAUGUUGGUGCCACUCCUAAUGCCUUUGUUGUUAACAUAGGUAACCAACUUGAGAUUAUCAGCAACGGAAAGUUGAAGAGUGUUAAACAUCGGGUAGUAACUAGUACACAUGAAACUAGAAUAAGCAUCGCAACCUUUGUGAACCCUUCUCCAGAUUGCAUCAUUGAACCAGCAAAACAUCUGGUGAACGAAUUGGGAGCAUCACGCUACACAGCUAAUCAAUACAAAGAAUUUGUCCACCGCAACAAGGCAUUUGGUGACUACACGGACGCCAUACAGAAUGCCCUGGUAACGAAAUAUUAAGAAAUAGUUGUUCAC